AUGACCGUUGAUAAACAUAACGAGGAGGAAACUAUCGAAAGUGCCGUCGAUAAAGCUGCGACAAACGUACGCAAACGUUCCACCGAGAAGUCAAAAAGCACGACUGAAAAGUCAAAAAAACUCGCACUAAGCACACAGGACGCUACGUUUAUUUCAGGUUUCGGUUUAUACAGCAUACUGUUAGUGAUCUUGGUCGGCGUAUCAAUUAUAUCGUUCGUAUGCAUCGGCUACAGCAGUACUAUCCUGGUACCCACCAGUGCCUGCGAACUCCAGACCACCAGUAGCCAGCAAGGGAUUCUAGCAGCUGGACCAGUUGUCGGUACCAUAGUUGGCAGUUUAGUAUGGGGUUACCUAGCAGAUACAAGAGGACGACGACUCAUGCUGCUGGUAUCAUUGAUGGGAAGCGCCAUCAUUAACAUUGUGGCCAGCAUAUCUGUUAACUGGAUUAUGUUAUUGAUUUUGCAGUUCAUUGCUGCUUUAUUUGCAUCCGGUCUCUAUUCGAUGUCAAUGUCGUUGUUGAGCGAGAGUGUCCCCAUGGCGAAACGUAAUUUGGUGAUAUUAUUGGUGACCAGCAUAUUCUUGCUCUCACAAGGAUUCAUGGCUGCACUGGCCCUGCCAAUAAUUCCGUUGACUUUUUCAUACUACAUCUCUAGCUUGGACAUCUAUUGGAACUCUUGGAGGACCCUCGUGGUGAUCUACUCCAUACCAUGUAUUUGUUCAUUUAUCUGCUUUUUAUUCAUGCAAGAGAGUCCUAAAUUUGUCCACGCCAUGGGAGAUGAACAGAAGAGCUUAGAAAUAUUGAGGAUAAUUCAUAAAUAUAAUCAUUUAGGUUCAAAAAAAGAGUUUCAGGUUUACCGAAUAAAAAAGGCGGAGAUGAACAAAAAUGAUACGCCGUCAUCGUCAAAGGAUCAAAUAGUGCCGCUUUUUAGAGCGCCAUUACUAAAGCCAACUAUCAUAAUGACGUUAUUGUACUUCUUUCAACAAGUUGGAGCGUUCAUGAUGUGGCUUCCAACUAUAGCCAACCAGUUCGUUCAAGUAACAGAAACAGGCGGGAACACAGAUCUCACUCUUUGCGAAAUACUCAAUAGUGAAUUCGAAGUUUCAGUCAACCCUGACGUUGCUCCGUGCGCUCUCAACGAGACAGCACUGCUCAUGGUUUUAGCCGUGGGUGCUUUACAGUGUGCAUUCAAUACAAUUUUGAGUUUGAUGGUAACUAAAAUCGGAAGGCGCAAUAUUGUGAUAGCCUUGGCGGGAAUUUGUGGGCUGGCGGGGAUUUUAGUGAACGUGGUACCAAAUACCACGGGCAGCAUUGUACUCUUCGGAAUUUUCCUGAUGGGGAUAAUCGUGAUGGGUCUUUACACAGCUAUCAUCGUUGCGAUUUUCCCUACACAUUUACGGGCUAUGGCCAUCGCCUUACCACUGACUGCAAGCAGGAUCACCACCUUCAUCUCCAUCCAGAUCCUGAACUUGAUGUUGGUGAACAACUGCGACGCUGGCUUCUAUUUGUUUACAUCAAUAUUUACAUUAUCGGCCGUUAUAGCCGCCUUCCUACCAGACGAUAGACGACUGCAGAAAGAAGUCAAAAAUGAAACAGAAGCUAAGGCAGAAAAUAUAACUAAGUUGUAA